AUGUCAUCCUUAACCAUCUUCUUGGUCUGCAUACAAGCAUCCUUCUUCCAUAUUGUCUACAGCCAAUGCCUGAAUGCUGGAUUGCCUAAUGGAUAUGGCCUGGGAUAUGGUGCUGGUAUCUCACCUGCUUUAGCCCCAGCUGCAAGUCUCGCUGGUGGUGCGUACGGCCUGGGCGCGGGUCUGGCUGGUCUAGCUCCAGGAAUUGCGCCUGGUGAAAUUAUCGGUGCAUAUGGAGGUGCUGGUAUUGGAGAUGUUGCCGUCAUUGGAGAACUGCCAGUCGCUGGCACGACGCUGGUUGCUGGACAGGUACCAAUUCUCGGAGCUGUUCGUUUUGCUGGUGACUUGCCAGCCGCUGGCACUGUGUCUAUCGCUGGUAGCUGUGGUUGCGGAUGUGCCAAUGCUGGAUAUCUUUAU